AUGAAGUUAACAGAGGUACUUUUACAGUUGGGUUUUAAACAGAGUCACUAUGAUUAUUCAUUGUUCAUAAGAGGAACCAAUAGUGACACAGUUAUCGUCCUUGUGUAUGCGGAUGAUCUAUUGAUCACAGGGAACAAUGAUAAGUUACUUUGUGACACUAGAAUAGAGUUGCAGAGGAAGUUCAAAAUGAAGGAUUUAAGGGAAUUGAAAUUCUUUCUGGGAAUUGAGUUUGCUAGAUCAAAGAAAGGAAUCCUUAUGUGUCAAAGAAAGUAUGCACUAGAGUUGAUAUCUGAAGAAGGCUUGGGUAGAGCAAAGCUUUCUGUUGAGGUCUUAAUUCAGUAUAGGCACUGUCCUAAGGUGUCACACAUAGAAGCUGCUCUUAGAGUAGUGAGAUAUAUCAAAGAAGCACCAGGCUUGGGGUUACUUAUACCUGCAGAAAGUACAGACAAGUUGGUUGCCUACUGUGAUUAUGAUUGGGGAUCAUGUAUAGCAUCAAGGAGAUUAGUUACUAGGUACUUGGUCAAAUUUGGAAAUGCAUUGGUGUCUUGGAAGUCAAAGAAACAAAUGACUAUGUCCAGAAGUUCAACUGAGGUUGAGUUCAGAAGUAUGGCUUCAUGUGCAGCAGAAUUACUUGGAUGGUAG